AUUUUUUGCUAUCUGUCAGUUUAUUGAGAAACUAAUUGUUUUAUUUUGUGUGGAAAUUCCUUUCAUUUAAUUGUAAAAUUACAAAAAUAUAUUAAUUUAAACAUGGAGGCUGUGCCGCGGCUUCAUAUGCUUUGGUUUGUGCUAAAAACAAGUCCAACAGGCACUUCCUUUGCUAAUCUGAAAAAGUACAUUGCUGAAUUUUACCAGGAGGAUCCUGAAGCCUACUCUAAAGAGGUGUUUGCUUUGGAAACGCUUCGAAAUCAGGCCUUACACCCCGGCAAAGAUAAAUGCUCCAUUUUAAAGCGUUAUUAUUGCCAAUUACAUUCACUUCAAAAUCGAUUUCCUCAACUGGUGGAGCGUAGUAUGUUCACCUUUAAUUGGAAAGAUCUUUACCAAAGUUCUGUUAACGAAUAUACGGAUUUAAGAUACGAAAUGGCUGCCGUGCUCUUUAAUAUAGCUGCUUCACAUACACAAAUGGGUGCAUCUGUGACGCGUGGCGAUGUUGAUGGCAUGAAAUUGGCCUGUACACAUUUUCAGUGUGCUGCUUGGGCUUUCGGUGAGCUGCGGGAACGUUUUAGCAAUAUUAAUAGUGGAGGAGAUUUUAUGACAAACGAAUUGCUGGUUUUCAUGCAACAAGUAUCAUUCGCUCAAGCGCAAGAGUGUAUUUUGGAAAAGUCAUUAAUAGAUAAUAGGAAACCAAAUAUUGUAGCUAAAGUCACUGCACAAAUUGUCGUAUACUAUGGUGCUGCAUUAGCCGCGCUAUUAACAGGUGGUGAUGAUGGACCAGUGGCGCAAGUUGUCGACACUUCUGUGUAUAAGCUCUGGAAAAAAUAUGUGCGAUUCAAAAUAUCAUAUCUCAACUGCAUAUUAUAUUUAUAUCAAGGUCAACACUCAGAGGAGCAGCAAAAAAUGGGUGAAAGGGUAACCCUUUAUCAGGCUGCUUCAGAUAAAUUAGAGGAAGCACGGAAAGAAUCCAAAGGACUGCCUGAUCAAAAAGAAAUCAAUGAAUCCCUUAUUUUCACUGCGGACGUUGUUGAGGGUAAACGAAAAAAUGCUAAAAACGAAAAUGAAUUUAUAUAUCAUGAAGCGGUACCGGAGUUAUCUACCAUUACCGCAGUACAAGGUGCAAACUUAGUUAACGGCACCAGCUUUAGUGUCACCGAUCCGGAAGUAGCUGGCGAAGAUAUCUUUGCGCGUUUAGUUCCCAUGAAAGCACACGAAGCUAGUUCUUUGUAUAGUGAGGAAAAAGCAAAACUUCUUCGUAAAUAUGGCACAAACAUUGAGGAAAGGGAUGCAGAACUAGCAAGUUUUAUGAGUUCACUUACGCUGGAUAAUCUCAAUAUUAAUGAAGAAAAGGCCAAUAAAAUUCCCCAAGGCAUUGUCGAUCGUUGUGCAGAACUAAAUGCCAAUAAAACAGCAAUACCCGAUCUAAUUGCCGCCAUGUCACAGUUAGCUGAGAUAUGUACGGAUGUUGAAUCAAAUCUAAAAGAAAUUUCUGCAAUUCUCGCUGAAGAAGAGACUCAAGAAAAUGAGUUCCAAAAGCUUACGGGCGUUCAACGUACCCCUAAUCCACACAUUAUCGAAUUGACGCGUGAGUUCCAAAAAUAUACCGAGGCUCAUGCACGCGCCGGCGAAUCAAACGACACGCUGCGGAAAGCCAUGGAGUUGCAUGUGAAUAACUUAAAAAUCCUUUCACGUCCUCUGCAGGAAAUACAACAGUCUGUGCCGAAAUUAAGUGCAGAACUCAACACAACAGAACUCUUUAAAGAUGUUAAGCUAAUUUUAAACAAAGCCAAUGAAAUGAAAGCACAACGUGCACAAUUUCAUGCAGAUCUACGUAUAGCAGUAAAUGAUGAUGACAUCACGGCGAAAGUUAUUGCGCAUGGCAGUGAUGAGGGUAUGCAGUUGCUCUUCGAUCGUGAAUUGGCUAAACAUGAGCGUCUAACACAGCUAUUAGAUCAAAAUAUGCUUGCUCAAGCCAACAUUUUACAAGCCUUAACGGAAGCCUAUGCCAAAGCAGCGCCAGUAUUAAAAACACUUGCUGAUGUUAAAAAUAAGCGCGAAGCAUUCUUCUCAUCUCUAGCCGCCUCAUAUGAUGUUUACGAAGAUUUAUUGGCUAAAUCCGCUAAAGGCUUGGAAUUUUACAAAAAAUUGUCAGGAAAUGUUCAAAAAUUAUUGACUCGCUUAAAGGCAGCACGUGAUGUGCAAUCAGAGGAACGUCAACAACGUUUGAAAACCCAAAAUAGCACAAUUAUUCCUGCUGCUAAUACCAUUAAGCCAGCAAUUCCACAUAUUACGCCGGCUUCAACUAUUUCAAAUACACCCAAAUUGCGCGAUUAUUUAAAAUCAAAGAACACCACAGCUAGUAGCAUAGCAACAGCCGGCGUGUCUGAUAGCAUGCCAAAUAACUCUACACACCAAACCACACAAUACAUUCCGCCAGUUCGACCCAAUCCUCUUGGCUCUGAAAAUCCUACACAAGCAGUUUGUUCAUCCGGCAGUAUGUACACUCCACACGUUAUGAACCCAAAUGGCAGCGUGCCUAUUGUGGCGCCAAAUGAACCACCACCGCCAUACAGUUUGCAGCAACAGCAGUAUUAUGAUCCGAAUGUGGCAGGUUAUACAAACCCCAUGUAUCAACAACAGCAACAAAAUAUUGCGCCACCGGCAUAUAAAUUGCAAGCUUCUCCGAACUCGCAGUUUGGUAACGUGAAUGCUUACAACAACACCACAGCAAUGGCUCAGCACGAUCAACUCGGCCAACAACAACAGCUACUUCAACUACAGCAACAACAACAUCAACAGUUAAUGAUGCAACAAAGUGGUGGAAACCAUGCGGUAUUUGGGCAGCAGUCGCCAGCAAUAACAGGACUUGGCGUUUACGGCGCUAAUCAAAGCAAUGUAAUGCAUCCCCAACAGACUGUGCAAACGAAUACAGCUUACUCAUAUAACCCGACUGCAGAUGCAUCUAAGGCGUCAACUGGUCAAAUGCUGUCACAGCACGGUCUCUUAACAAACCAAGCAAAUGGUGCUGCGAACCCAGAUGCUAGAGCCGCUGAUACGACAGCUGCGCAAGCAAACAUCUACGCAAAUCAAAUGAAUAAUUUGCAACAACAUUACGCCCAAGCAUCUUCGACUAACUUUGGCACACCGACUUCUAGACCAUUGUAUGUAGCAACUACUCAGUCGGAUAGUGUUCAAGCCCCACCUACGCUGCAAGCGCCAUAUGUUGUUAAUAACUGGCAGCAGGCAAUACAUCCUAAUGUUUCUGGCGGUGCUGGUGAAGUAGCUCAAUAUUCAGCCAACCAGUCUAUUCAACAACAACAACAACAGCCGCAACCUUUUCCACAACAACAACAACAACAACAGUUGCAACAAACCCAACAGUCACAACCGCUGUCCUAUCAACAAAUUCCACAGACUCAACAGCUACCAUCUUUUCCGCCUGUAAGCGGCACCUCGAACCCAGCCAGUGCCAAACCGAAGUCUCCCAAUCCGCAGCAACAGUCGGCUACAUCAAGCAUUGCAUCGAACAAUUAUCCUUACUCCACAACCACUAAGCACCCCGGCUAUAGCUAUAAUCCGCAAACAGGUCAAUAUGAAUAUGGUAGUGGUUAUCAACAAGGCAAUAAUAAAUUUUGUGGAAAAUAUACAUCUUCAAGCACAUCACAAUCGGACACUGUUGGCACUACUGACUCGGAGAAUGCCAAUAAAAUAAACGUGGCAACAGGUUUUGAUUCACCUGUCGUGUCUCACACUAAAUCUGGAGUGGCGCCACCUGUUGCAUCAGCCGCCGAAAUAACAACGACAACGACCAACACAGAGAAUACAACUAAUUUAAGCUACUAUUCAACACCUUAUGGCUAUCAGAGUCAGGGUAUUGCAUCCCCUUAUGCACUGCAAUUGCAACAACAAAAUCAGCUACAAUCUCAACAAUCAUUGCUUGCGGCGCAACAGCAGCAACAACAUCAAAAACCAAAGCAAACUUCUUAUCAACAGCAACAUUCUACUUAUAUGCAAAGUGGUGCCGCUUCAAUAGCGCCAACGCAGACAACUAAAAGUGCUGCUGAAUACUCGUUUGGUGUAAAACAAGCAACAACAAACCAAAAAACCGAUAGUCCUGCACCAACUGAAGUAAAGACCGGCACGGCUGGAGCAAAUGCUGACGUCAAGCCUACACCAAAACCCGUUAAGAAAUCAACAAAUAUUGAUUUAUUGACUGACAUUGAUUUCUCGGAUGCUGGUCUAAGCGUGCCACCACCUAUUUUGCCGCAACCAGUAUUGAAGCCAGAAAUUGUAGCAAGUCCGCCAAGCAGUCAAGUGGCCCUUGAUAGUAAACCGAAGUCCUUGCCUCAAGAGCUAUCUCCGCAGAAAACUUCUACUACCACAGCAGCGCCUUUAACACCAACUGUCAAUACAGCUGUUGCGCCAAUGUCUAUAGACGCACCGCUUUCGUCACCGCAAGCUAAUACAAAAAUGUCAACCUCGCCUAUUAACUCGCCUGCUAUGCGUAAACCCAGCUUUGAUAAUCUCUCCAUAUGCUCGGACUUGAGUUCACUAGAUACGAACUUCGACUGGGACUCGGUAUCCGUGCGUAAUGAACAAUUGUCAGAUAAACAUUCCAAUAUAUCAUCAAAUACGACAACAUUUCAAUUAAAACCUUUCGAUCCCUUCAACGAUGAUAGAGUUUUAAAAUAUUUCCAUAAGGAAGUGGAACGUUACGAAAAAAUUAUGGAAAGUCUGAAUGUUAAAAUGCUAAAUGGCAAUACGCAAUUAUCAGCGAAAUGGAAGGAGUUACAUGAUUUGCUCUUUAAGGAUGCAAGUAAACGUACAACGACUAUUGCUAGACUAUUUCCCGAGAAGAAUCGUGUUUUGGAUUGUAUUCCAUACGAUCAUGCGCGUGUAAAACUGGAAAAGGAUACUGAUGACUAUAUAAAUGCCGCAUAUGUAAAGAAUCUCGGCACCGGCUCUCCAAACCUUAUUAUAGCACAAACUCCACAACAAAAUACGAUUAAUGACUUUUGGUCUAUGAUUUGGUCGCAAAAGGCACGUACGGUCUGUUGUUUGCAUACGCCAAAUGAAAUGUUGGAUCCAUACUGGCCGCAGGAGUGUGAUGUAGAAAACCAUUAUGAUGAUUUCACUGUCAAGUGUGUUAAAGUGAAUACACUCUCGCACUGCAUGGAAUAUAAUUUGAAAUUGUCAAUGCAUGGCGCUGAUCCAAUUAUAGCUUUGUCGGUGCUGCAAAUAAAAGCUUGGACUAAGAGUUUACCUUCACAGACUAUUGGCAUUGCACGCAAUGCAUUGCAGGCGCAUCAACAACGUUGUCUGGAGUUUAACACACCAACAUCGCCGCUCAUAAUGAACUGCUUAACAGGCUCUGAUCGUUCAGAACUUAUUGCUAUAGCAAUUUGUGCUAUCUUGGCUUUACAAACAACACGACCCGUUCUCAUAAAUGUAGUUGAUAUUUGGUAUCGUAUAUGUAUGCAACGUCAAAAUGCCUUGCGUGAUAUGGACACUCUGGAGCAAUCAAUGCAAAUUGUGCUAAAUCAAGCACACGAUGUACUCAAUAAGCGUGGCAUUAUGACCUCCUAUCAAAUGAAGAUUGCGCCACAAAUAGCUUCUAAGGAGAAGGAAGAAAUCAAAGAUCCUCUAAAUGAGCUAGAUCCAUUAUGGAAAAUGAAAUAAAUGUAAUAUACAUAUUUACACAUUCCUUGUAUUGGCUAUAUUUGGUGUAUUUGGUGCAUUUGCGUGAGACAACGCUUUGACUGAAAUUGGGAAAAAAAAUUUAAACUAUACAUUUCAUUAUCUGAUUCGUUCGUUUAAAAGGAAGAACAAAGAAAAAAUGUAUAACUGCAAGAGAAAAAAGCAAAAUAUUUGAAAUCAUUGUUUAAAAACCAAUUAUUUUUAUUCAACCAACAAAAAAUACUUAAAUUAAAGAAACGAUAAAGCAUUAAAUGUUACACUUCAAAAUACAUAAAUACACAUACAUAUUUAUUAUAUAUUCGACGGAUAAAAAAAAAA